AUGAAGUUCCUCUCUCUCGCCCCCCUCGUCUCCGACUCAUACCCCAAGACACAAGCCCCUGUCCGCCCCCGCGGCGACAGCACGAGCAGCGACACAUCCUCUCGCCGCUCCUCCGAAUCAGCUCCUGACCAGUCUGGCCAACGAGUUCUCAAGCUCGGUCCCGUCCACUGGGGUGAGCAUACCGAUGACCACAAGGACGACUUCGUCCAUGUCCCUACCGCCAAGCAGUAA